GAGCAUUUAUGUCUCACGUUGUAGACAAUUCGUGUUGGUUCACGGACGUCGGUGGUUCUUAGUACGGAGCUACCAGCCGCUGUGAGCGACAUAAAGUGAGAGAAUCUUGGAAAUAUAAACGAAAUUUCGUAACAAUAAAAUCGGCAGAAGUCCGUGCCACUCGAGCAUUGAGAAAUGGAAGCUGAAGAGAUCGGAUUAUCGGAUAAAUUGAGUUCGCGCAUCAUCACGCUACUGGUUCUUCUUGUACCAGUGGACGAACAAGUAAUAGUGACAGCCAUGCUCAACGGAGCUUUUUAACCUGCUAUGACAAAAGAAAAAACGUCAAGAACCGGCUGCUGCGAUUCCGGAGGAUUAAAGCUCCGUGAAACAUAAAAUUUAUUAAAUAUUCAAAGGUGUGUUGUGUGUGCUUUUGAUUAUUCAUUGAAAAAAAUUCAGGAAACCGUUAAAUUAAAUAUUAUAUCUUGAAAUAUUAUUCUGCCUAUUUAUUUUCCUACUGUAAAUUAUAUUCUUAAGAAAAAAAAAAGCCACUAAAAUUAGUCAGUGAUCAAAUAAAGAGUGUUAAAAUUGAUAUAAACCUGCUGUCAAUAGCGUUUUGGUCGUAACAAUGUGGUGCCUCGUGAGUCAGGCAAACUCGGUGAUCCUGGAGGUACAGGUGGAUCCACGAGCUAUUGGUCGUGAAUGUUUAGAAAAGGCUUGUAACUGUUUGGGGAUCAGUAAAGAGUGUGAUUAUUUUGGACUUAAAUAUCAGAAUGCAAAAGGUGAAGAGCUUUGGUUAAAUUUACGAAAUCCAAUCGAAAGGCAAACUGGAGGUGUAGCGCCUUUGAGAUUUGCAUUGAGAGUUAAAUUCUGGGUUCCACCUCAUCUGCUUUUGCAAGAAGCUACAAGGCAUCAAUUUUACUUACAUUCACGUCUUGAGCUUCUUGAGGGUAGACUUAAAGCUUCAGAUUGGACUACAACAGCUAGAAUAGUUGCACUGUUAGCUCAAGCUGAAGCUGGAGACUAUGAUCCAAUGUCUCCACCUCAUGGACUUUAUUCUCAAUGCUGUCAAAUUCAACCUGCUGGUUCUUGUGAACCAAAACCUCACGACUUUCUCCAUCGAAUAAUUCUACAACAUAAGGAAAUUAAAGGAAUGAAAACAUCCGCAGCAGAGUAUUGGCUACUAAAAGAAGUCUCUAAUUUUGAUACAUUUGGACAAGAAAUGUUUCAUAGUAAAUUUGGAUCAAAUACUGUAUCAAUGAUUGGUGUAGGACCACAUGGAAUUACUGUUUAUAGAGGAGAUAAUGAAGAAAAACAAAACAUCCCAUAUACGGCAAUACAAAGUGCUACAUCACAAAGACGAAUGUUUCACCUAAUUUAUUUAUCUCUUGACGGUGAAGAAACGUCCCUAGACUUUAAAUUGGACUCUAGUCAGUCAGCAAGUGGAUUGUAUCGGGCUAUUACGGAAAAACAUGCCUUUUAUAGCUGUGAAACCGUCAGAAGCGCCGUUACUGCUCAGUUUAUCCGUGAUCUCAAGGGAACUAUUAUUUCUAUUUUCAACGAAGACUCGACGUUGGGAAAAAAGUAUGUGUUUGAUAUCCGCAGAACUUGCCGAGAAGUAUAUGAUAAUGCACGACGAGCGCUUUAUUGUGAGGCUGUGAACAUUGGUUUACCAGAAGAAAGUCAUCUUUUGGAUAAACAUAACUGUGGAGACUGUGAAAAUUCUAAAUGCAAGGAGUCUCGAGAGUGUCUGACGCGAUUAUUAGACGCAAUGCUCUGCCGUAUCUGUAUGGAUCGGAGUUUAGACACCGCAUUAUUCCCCUGUGGUCAUGCUGUAGCAUGUCUGGAGUGUGCACGUCGAUGUGAACGUUGUCCUCUCUGUCGUGCUGAUAUCGAUCACUGCAGAACGAUUUAUCUCCCGAUAGAGUUGGCUCACGUCGACAAACAUAAUUUCAAACAGCUAUCAAUGGACAAUGGAGUAUCAACAUUGAGCAUUAGCCAGUCUGAAGACGUCAUCAGUCAAGCGAACCACAGGAAUAAUAAUACUGAGAUCAAUGAGGCUAUUUGAGAACAGCAUACGCGACGUAAAUUUGCUACUUUAAACAAGAUUUAUCGUAUCUUCAUUUGUGGAGUCAUGCGAACUCGUGAGCUCGAAUAGAACCUAUCUCAUCAUGAAAUAAAAAGAUAAACAAAUAGUCAGCUUUUUUGGAUAUUUUAGUAAUGUGAUCUUUUUUAUAUACAAAUCAUUAAUAUUAUCUACAUAUAUUGUUUAGAUUUAAUUAAUUAUAUUAAUAUGUAUUUAACAUUGAAAAACUUUUUUAAACUAUUAUUAUGGAUGAAUUCAUAAAAUUUGACAAUCUAUCAUAUUUUCGUCGAGUAUAUCAUUAUUAAUAUUUAGACAGGUCUUUUUGCUUGUCUCCAAUACUUGUUGACUAUUGAUACAGAAUUCGUUUAUUAUUAUCAUAUUAUUAUGUAAUUACUUGUGCACAUCUUUAUGCUGUGAUUAACUUUUGUGUUUGAAUAGGAUUAGUUACAUGUUAACGCUUAAAACCAUUACUGGAGGAAAACAAAACGAAAAGUGCUAUUAGUGAAUAAACAUAUGAAAUUGA